GGACUCUCUCUCUCUCAUACUCACUACACAUAAAGCAAGGGUCAUACUAACACAUAGAAACUCCAAAGCAAAUUCUCUCUCUCUCUCUUAGAAACAUUCUUUUACAACACUUCUGUUUCUCUCUCUAAAAAAAGUGAACUUUUUUUUUCUCUCAAUCUUUAAAGAUAACAAUUUCUCUUCUUGUUGUUGUUCUUCUUCUUCUUCUUCAGUUUCAUUCAUGGAUACAGCUCACUGGCCACAGGAAAUUGUGGUGAAGCCAAUAGAAGAAAUAAUCACAAACUCAUGCCCAAAGCCUCAUACCAAUAAUAUUCAAGCUUCAUCAUCAUUAUCACAAGGUGGUAAGAUUAAUAAUAAUAAUAAUAAUAUAAUUAAUAAUAAUAAUAAUAAUACUAAUUUGGUGGAUAUGAGAUCAUCAUCAAUAUCAAAAACAAGCAUGAUGAAGCCAUCAUCACAAAAUAAAGAUCAUCAUCAACAAGCCCUAAAUUGCCCAAGGUGCAAUUCAACCAACACAAAAUUUUGUUACUACAACAACUACAGCUUAACUCAACCAAGGUACUUUUGCAAGACAUGUAGAAGGUAUUGGACUGAAGGUGGGUCCCUCAGAAGCAUUCCAGUGGGUGGUGGUUCAAGGAAGAACAAAAGAUCAUCACCAUCCUCAUCUUCAUCAUCAUCAAAAAUUAUCAUCAAUUCUAGGCUUCCUGAUCUAGUUCAUAAUCAAUUGGGCCAGGCCCAUCAGGCCCAUCAAGCCCAAGCCCAAACCCAAGCCCAUGAUCUAAACCUUGGUUUUUACCCACCCAUUAUUAAUGACCAAAAAAUUAACCAUAUUAUUUCUAAUCCUUCUUCUAAUACUUCUCCUACUAGUACCACCACUACUACUACUACUACUAAUACAAGUGAUCAUUUCUCAGCUUUAGAGCUUCUCACUGGGCUUACUUCAAGAGGGUUCAAUAGCUUUUUUCCAAUUCCUGAUUUUAAGCCCAGUCUCAAUUUUUCACUUGAUGGGCUUGGGCCCAAUACCACUAGUGCUACUACUACUACUACUAAUACAGCAUCAGCCUAUGGGAGCUUGCCAAGUGUCCAUGAAAAUAAUAAUAGUGGUAGUGGAAGGCUUCUUUUCCCUUUUGAAGAUUUGAAGCAAGUUUCUUCACAAAAUAAUAAUAAUAAUAAUUCUGGAAUUAUUGAUCAAAAUAAUAAUAUUAUUAAGGAGAAUGGUGACUCAACUGGGUAUUGGACUGGAAUGUUAGGUGGAGGGUGGUAAAAAAAAAAAUCAAUUUUUUUUUUGUUAAUUAUUAAUUUUCUUCUCAUUGUGGGUAUGGUUUGUUUGGAUUUAAUUUCUCUUAUCAUAAUUAAUUAUUAGCUAACAAAGAUUAUCAUAGAGGGUGAUACAAUUAUUUAUAUAAUAUGGUGGGAUUUUGAAGCUUAUUUUAGAUUGGCUUCAUAAAAUGGAUAUGUACUAUAGUACAAUUAUCUGAGUUUCAAGGUCAUGAAAUCCAAUAACAAUUUUUCUUAUAUUUAAUUUAGGGUAUUUUAAUUAAUAUUAUUAUGUAUGUAAUUUUUCUUUCUAUGAUAAUUAAAUUUGUACUAUUAUGUAUUGUGUCAUUAUUGGUUGGCAUUGGUAUAAUGUAAAACUUUUGUAUGGAAAGAGUAGUUAAUGGAUAUGCACUGUUGUACUUUUUUUUUUAUAA